AAGUGCGCAUUAUUAGCACCAAAGCUUCAGUGACAAGUACAUUUGGAAGUCGUUCGUUGUGUUUGUUUUAUUAACAAAUUUGAAAUACAAUGUACAGUAACACAGGCCAGGCUUUGCCGUAUUGGGGCUAUUAUCCAUCACCAAAUGUCGAUUCAUGUCUCAGGAAUUCAAUGUACCACCAUCAUCCAUACUUGGGAGCUACGUUCAGUGGUACUUGUGGAAGCUUAUCCAGCGCUUUAUACUUUGGAGACGUUCAACCUUAUCCAAAACCUCCGUAUUCUUACAUAGCACUCAUUUCGAUGGCGAUAAAGCAAGCACCAGAUCAGAAAAUAACGCUAAAUGCCAUUUAUCAGUUUAUCAUGAAGAAUUUUCCUUACUAUCGCUACAACAAACGAGGAUGGCAGAACAGUAUUAGACACAAUUUGAGUUUGAACGAGUGUUUUGUAAAAGUUCAAAGGGACAAAGCUGAUCCGGGAAAAGGGUGUUAUUGGUCUUUGAAAUCUGAUUGCGAAAAUAUGUUUGAUAAUGGCAACUACCGACGUCGACGAAGGAGGCCAAACAAGAUUAACAAUUUCAUAGACAGGGAAGAGCGAAAUUUCGCAGAAGAUCAAGGUCUUGCUAAGGAAAAUUUGAGAGACGACGUUCAAGAUUACUUCGAAAAACGUGACACGACAGAAGAUAGGAGUAAGGCAACGGAAAAGUCUUUGACGAAGAGGCUUUCCACCACAAGCUUGCUUACACCGCCAAGUAGUCCAAAGAUAAAACAUCGCGAUGACGAAAAACAACAAGAAAAAGUUGAACAUUCCUUUAGUAUAAAAAAUUUACUAUCGACACAUAAUAUAGGCGAGUCAAGUGAGCGCUGCCAUGAGACAAAAUCUCAUGAUCAGUACAAGUCCACUCUUAACAAAACGAGUUCUCGUGAUGUAGUGUCCACUUUUCAAAGAUUUGACACGAGAAAUAUAACAGAAAGGGCCAGUUUAGCUCAUCCUAGAAGCAAUGUGUCAACUGCGCCUAACAUUGGACAAUUCUCGCCUUCAGACUUUAUGAAGAACCUUUAUAAUGGCGGACUAUAUGCCAGCUUAUAUUCUAGUAAUUGUAACAAGUAUUAGUGGAUAUGCCAAAAUAUACUUAUCUUCUUUUGUUUUUUCAAUAUUUUGUCUCGCUAAAAUACAACAAUUGAUGAAAUAGAUAUGACUUGGAUUUUGUCGUUUCACAAUUAUCUUUUGUACGCAUCAUGGAGUAGAAUUACUCUUGUGACAGAAGAAUUUUAUGAUCUGUUCGUUCAAGUCACUUGAGAUGUAUUGCAAUAUCGCGAGUGCGUUAAAUCGUUCACUGAAACAUUAAAAAUUGCAAAAUCUUCAUGGAGGCAGUUCAUCAAUCAUAAAUGUAGACAGGAUGAUUUGCAAAUAAAUACACACACCUGCGAAAGCGAUUAGUA